AUGGAUUAUGAAUUUAGUGAUGAGCAGUGUUGUGUUAGGUGCCAAGAGGCACUAAAUUCUUUACACAGAUGGUAUUAUAUGGAUAAUUAUGGAGUCCAACAGGGUCCUUUCGACAGUUUCUUUAUUUUGUACUAUAUUAGCUCAAACUACUUUGAGGAGAAUUCGGCAUUUUUCGUCCAGGAUAAGUUAAACGGCACCCCUUCUAACUUCAAUACUCUUUUAAACUAUCUUGAUACCAUUGUUGAGGAUGUGAAGAGUCACUCGAAUAGUCUCUUCACUUGUACUCAUUUCAUUGAGAAUUUUUCUUCGAGUUACGAACUUGGAGAUUCAGAAACUGCUCAGCUUCUUGACGGCGUUUCCGCGUUUAAGCAGGCUGAUGAAGUUCGUUUAACUACAGAUGACAUUUUCGGCACUGUUUCUCCUCAAUCAAUGGGCGAGUUCCAUCCUGCGAGCAGUACAUUUGAAUACCAGAACGAUGAACUACAUAGGUCACAAACAAAGACUAUAUUAAAAAAGAGAGUAGAAGAUAAUUUAAAAGAAGCUGAGGCCCAUCUUCAGAGGGUGAAUUCAAGGAAGGUCAGUCACAGGUUUGGGAGUCAAUUUAUGGAUGAAUCUCCCACAAGUCAGGAAUUUAAUUAA